AUGACAGCGUGGAAUGAUGCUACCAAAUACUUCCGGAUCGUCGCUCUGUCGUUCUUCGUCUACGACUGGAUUGUCACGCUGCCAGCAGAGAUCCGGCUUUACAGAAAGCAGCGAUGCUGGUACAAACCCAGUACCGCAUGCAUCCUCUUGAUCAUGACUCGGUACAUCGGCCUCGCAGCGAUCUGUUUGAACCUCUUCGGAUUUUUCGGCCAUAACUUCACCCAGGAAUCCUGCGAGCGCUACUACCACGUCAUGCCCAUCGUGCAAUGUGUCGCGUCCUGGGCCAGUCAUAUCAUCUUCGUCGUUCGCACUUCCGCGAUCUGGAACAAGGAAAGACUACCGACAGUAUCUCUUUCCUUACUGGCGUUUAUUGUUUCCGCCGUGGAGAUAUUUGCGCAGUUGUUCGCUUUUCGGAAGUUCAAGGCUGGGUCGUCAGGGAACUGUUUGAUUCAGUAUAGUAAGAAGGUGAACAUUGGCUGGGUUUAUUACAUGGUAUGUCUUGUCUGUUCCACAGACAACACAACUCUCUCAUCACUCUUGGCCCCUGCCCGCUCGUUCACUGGGACCGCUGGAACCAUAUUCGACAUCAUUAUCAUCAUCGUCACCUACCAGCGCCUCGUUGCCAACUUCAACUCCCGCGCUGGUAAACGGGGCAAUGAGGCCAAUGGUGGCACCCAAGCCGAAUUCAACCAGGUCCUCUGGAGCUCCUCCCUCGCCUACUUCAUAAUCACAACCGUCUCCAACGUUCUCAACCUCAUCUUCUUCGCCUACUAUAACAACUCUGACUCGACUGUCCUCGCCCCCCUUGGUAUUGCGCUGACUAGCAUGAUGAGUGCUCGAAUCAUCCUAGACCUCCAUGACUACGCAAACCGACCCCGAAACAGCACCUCGAUAUCCCUAUCCCGCUCCACAAACCCUUGGAAUGUAGCCUCCGACUCACGCCGCUUCAGCAACACCUUGGUGAGUCCUGUGAAACGCCCUCCACCCGCAGUAGGGUUACCAUCACCGGUUCGUCGCAGUUCGCCUACCCACUUUUUUCUUUUGUCGAAUCCUAAAUGGAGACUAAUGUACGUAACACUAUCAGAUGUCGAACAGGACCCACACUUACACGGCAUCUGA